AUGGCGAAAAGUAACAAAGGAGAUUUCCUCUCCCCGAAAGCCGUCGCCAACCGGCAAAAGAUGAAAGGUUUACAAAAACUGAAAUUCUACUGCCAAUUGUGCGAGAAACAAUGCAGAGACCAGAACGGAUUUAAGCAACACUGCUCCUCGGAAGCGCACUUACGUCAAGUCGCCGUGUUCGGGGAAAACUCCGGCAGGUUCAUAAAAGGGUACUCGGAACAGUUUUUAGCGAAUUUUUUGGACAUGAUGGCGGUGUCGCACAGAAACACGAGGAUUAAAGCCACGGUGGCGUAUAACGAAUACAUCGGGAACAAGACGCACGUGCACAUGAACUCGACCAAGUGGACGACGCUGACGGAGUUCGUGAAAUAUUUAGGGAGGGAGAAAUUAUGCGACAUCGAAGAGACUGCGAAAGGGUGGUUCAUCACGUAUAAACCGAGAGAUAAGGAAGAGCAGUUGAGAGAUCGGAUGGAGAUGGAGAAGAGGCGAAAAGAGGAGGACGAGGAGACGCGGAUGGCGAACGUAUUGGCGAGGCAGAUCGCGAAGCAAAAUAAGAAAGGCGGAGAGGAGAAGAAGGAAGAGAGGAAAGCGGACGCGAUUGAUUUAGACGAUGGGGAAAGAGAGAAGAUUAAUUUACACGUCGUUUCGGGAGGAUUGAACAACGCGCUCGAGAAUAGCGAGAAGAAGAGGAAAGACAUCGUCGACUUUUCGAACGCAGGGGGAAUGUUUAGCAACAAGAAGAUGAAGACUGGCGGCAAAGAAGAGGGAAAAGCAGCCUUCAAGAAACGGAAAAAAUUAAAGUGGAUGCUACGCGAGAACAUUGUUUGCAGGAAAACCGAAACCGGGGAAAAAGGUACGGUGGUCAGAGUCAACGUGGAGGACCGCGAAGCGGAUGUGAAAUUAAAGGAGUCUGGUUCCGUCGUCGAGAACGUCGACGAAGACGAGUUCGAGCCGGUUUGCCCGGGCGUCGGCGGGAAAUGCGCGGUCGUGCGCAACCAUGAUUUCGUCGGCGAGGAAGGUAAAGUUCUAGGCGUGGAUGGGAAUACCGGGGAAGUCACCAUCGAAUCUUUCAAGAGAGGGAUUCAGUUCAAAGCGAAGAGCAGCGACGUCGCGCGAUUAGUUUAG